AUGCCUAACGGUACCACAGUGACUGAAUUCGUGCUCACGGGAUUUUCUGACGUGUGGGAGUUUAGAGUCUUGCAUGCCAUGCUAUUCUUACUGAUGUAUUUGAUCACUCUGAUGGGAAACUCUCUCAUUGUCGUUGUCACUACUUGUAACAAGAGUCUUCACACCCCCAUGUAUUUCUUCCUUAGAAAUCUGUCUGUUCUGGAUGUGUGUUAUAUUUCUGUCACUGUACCCAAGGCUUGUGUCAUGUUCCUGCUUGACAACAGAGUGAUCUCUGUGGUUGGAUGUGCAGCUCAGAUAUUCCUUGUGGUUCUGUGUGCUUCUAUAGAGCUACUCUUCCUCACCAUCAUGGCCUACGACCGCUAUGUAGCCAUCUGCCAGCCCCUUCACUACCCUGUGAUUAUGAACCCUCGUGCGUGCAUCCAGAUGACACUGGCCUCUGUAUUCAGUGGUUUAACAUAUGCGGGUAUGCACACUGGUAACACAUUCCGGUUGUCCUUCUGUCAGUCUAACGUGGUUCAUCAGUUCUUUUGUGACAUACCCUCUCUACUGAAGCUUUCUUGCUCUGAUAUCUUCAUUAAUGAGGCUGUAAUUUUCUUCUCUGCAGUGGUGAUUGUAGGUGGUUGCUCUACUUUCAUCAUCAUGUCUUAUAUUCGCAUAUUUUCUACUGUGUUCAAGUUUCCAACCAGAGGAGAAAGAAGAAAAGCCUUUUCUACCUGUAUCCCUCAUAUUCUUGUGGUGACAGUCUUUGCCAGCUCAGUGAAUGCUGUGUACAUGAGGCCAACCUCCGACUCACCUACAAUUCAGGACAUGAUCAUUUCUGUGUUCUAUUGUAUAGUCCCUCCUUUCCUAAACCCCAUUAUCUAUAGUCUUAGGAACAAGCAGAUAAAGGAGGCUGUCAGGAGAAUUAUGAGUGAAAUAUUCUAUUCAGAAAAAAAGUAA